AUGGCCUCCACUAUCUUUAGAAGACGGAAGAACUAUAUUCAAUGUAUCAAGAGCUCGGAGGAUGAUAGCUGGAUCCGCGACCAACAAGAUAUUGCUGACUGUUUUUUGGAUAGCUUCAGGGAGCUGUUCAAGAAACAUCCCAUCUACUUAUCUCCUCUCAUGAACGGUGUAUUCAACAAACAGAUUGAUGGUCACGAUAAUGCACUACUCAAUGCCAUACCUGGUAUAGAGGAAGAAGACAACCCGGCCUACACCAAGGACUAUCGCCCCAUUACGCUUUGCAAUGUCGCUUAUAAGGUGAUUUCUAAGAUAAUUGCUUCAAGACUUCGGGAAGUUAUUCAAAAAAUCAUCUCUCCCAAUCAAGCUGCUUUUGUCAAAGGAAGAUGCAUAACGGAAAAAACCAUGAUUGCACGGGAAAUUGUCCACCCCUUCAACAAUAAGAAAGGAAAGAGAGGAUUCAUGAUGAUCAAGCUUGAUCUUGAGAAGGCUUACGACAAAAUGGAUUGGGAUUUUAUUAUGGUUGUCCUUGCCCAACUUGGAUUCUCGCAUCCCUUUACUGACUGGAGGCGUGGGAAAAUCCAAUCCAUUUGCAACUUCUUGGUGAUGAGCAAGAUGCCCCUCAAUGCCACUUACUUGGGUUUACCUCUGUUCAGGUCACCUAAGAGAACGAAGGACUUCAAACCCCUUGUGGAUAAAGUGUUAAAGCGUGUCCAAAGCUGGAAUGCUAAACUCCUAUCUAGCAUGGGAAGAGCUUGUCUCAUCAAUUUUGUGGGAUCCACUUUAUCAAACUACAUCGCAUCCUCCGACUUCAUACCCAUCGCCACGACUAACAAGAUUGAUAAGACUCUUAGAGACUUUUGGUAG